CAGCAUUGCCGCAGGUUCCGUGCCUGCUACUGAGUGCAGGAUCUCGCUAUCUAAUCCCGAGCUGUGGUGUUGAUAAAUGGGGCGCCGUGCCGCGGCCCUCACUCGCUCGUGAGAAUGGCUUCACUAACCGAGCAGAGUAGAUCAUAAUCACAGCCAGCGACUGCUGUACUGUCCAUCCUCCAUCUUAGUCUUACACAGCACCCACACAUUCACAGACGUCCUUGUCGACAAAAUGGGCUCCCUCCAGACCGUCGACGCAGCCCGCCCCCAGCUCGCGCGCGCGCCGCUCAAGGCCGGCACGUCGAUCGACCACCUCUCGUACGUCGACGUAACACCGCUAAUUGGGCGCGAGUACCCGACGGCGAGCCUCAAGGCGAUGCUGGACGCCGACAACGCCGAGGAGCAGCUGCGCGACCUGGCCAUCACCAUCUGCGAGCGCGGCGUGGCCUUCUUCCGCGCGCCCCAGGACGACCUGUCGGUCGCCGAGCAGAAGCACAUCACCGACCUGCUGGGCAAGCUGACCGGCCGCCCCGCCGAGAACGGGCUGCACGUCCACCCGCUGUACAACGACCCCAACAACCUGCCCAUGGCCGACGGCACCACCGACAAGCACAUCUACGUCAUCAACUCCGAGGCGGCCAAGAAGCUGUACGCGACCAUGAAGAACCGGCCCGGCGCGGCCGAGGAGCCCAAGGACCUGGGCCGGGAAUGGCACAGCGACAGCCUCUUCGAAACCUGCCCCUCGGACUUCUCCUUCCUGCGGAUGCAGUCCACGCCACCAGCAGGCGGUGACACACUCUGGGCGUCGGGCUACGAACUGUACGACCGCGUCUCUGCACCAUACGCGAAAUUCCUCGAGACCCUCACCGCCACCUGCGCGCAGCCCGUGUUCCGCAGCGCGUGCGAGGCCGGCGGCUACGCCGUCAUGUCGCCGCGCGGCUCGCCGCUCAACGUCGAUUUCCAGUUCACGCCGCACCACCCCGUCGUGCGCACGCAUCCUGUCACCGGCUGGAAGACGCUGUUCGCCGGCGUGGGCCUGCAUGUCAGCCGUAUUGAUGGCGUGACGGCGUACGAGGACCAGGCCAUUCGCGACUAUGUCUUGAGGCAGCUCACGCGGAACCAUGACAUGGUUGCCCGCAUGCACUGGACGCGCGGCGCGUGUGCGAUUUGGAGUAAUGUGUGCACGCUGCAUGCUGCGACGCCCGACACACACCUCGUGGGCGGCGUCCGGACGGGCGUGCGGGCGUCGGGCAUCGGCGAGGUGCCGUACCUGGACCCGGCCAGCACGGGCAGGCGAGAGGCGCUCGGCCUGCCCAAAUUUUGAGAUUUGAUGUCAAGACAGACAUCCUGCGUGUAGUCUCUAGUCUCUAUUCAUAAGACUUUGUGGGGCCGUGUGGAGAUCUUAGGUGCUCGGUGGUAGAGGCGUUUCACCACGCCUGGUAGGGUUUACGUAAUUUUUGCUGCCACCAGGCCCCUAUAAUAGUCUUCUCUGCUGUCAACUAACGCUCUAAAUCAACUAA